GAUUUAUCUGGGCUAUGCUGCUACUCAACUGCUUCGCUUCUUCUCUCUACCAAAACCAUAUCCAAACGCAACCUCGCGAUCUCACAAAAACAGCCACAACUUCGCCAUUCCUACAAAUUAACUUGCGCAUUCAAAGUUAUCGUCGCAAAGAAACAAUAAUUCGAAAAGGAAUUAUCUCAUCUCGUACAAAAAUCGACAUUCGCAAAUAUGACAACCUUGACUUUGACCGCGAAGGAGACUGAAAUGCUUGUUGCUGUUAUGUCUGAGAUGGGGGAGAUUCCGAGCACUAUCAACUUCGAACGUGUCGCCGCUCGAGUUAAUGUCAAGUUUGCCAGAAACGCUCGUCAAAGCUUCAAAAAUCUAUUUGAAAAGUUGAAGAAGCAAGCCGGACCUUCUCCAGAUGAUGGGUAUGGUGCUGUUCCUCCCACUCCCGUCAAGAGAAGUUCUCCAAAGAAGAAGGUUGGCCCAAAGAACGGUCCCAUCAAAGCCAAUCCUAAGCCCAGAGGAAAGAAGACGGCAGUCAAGAAGGAAGUCAAGAAGGAAGAAGUUGAUAGUGGUGAUGAGUUAGCAGAGCCAGUAUUGGAUGACGAAGAUGGCAAGUUACCAGAACAUGUUCCUUCCCUCAAUGCCAAAAUUCUUGGAAAGAACGCCGUUGUUACCCCCUCUACUGGAUGUUCUGAAAGUCUUCAGAUUUCAGAUGUCGUUGCUAGAAUGUCUGUCAUCGAAGCCAAAGAGCCAUCUCCUACUCUCAUUGGAGAGCGUCCUGUUGAUAAUCAGGUUGAUCUUGACGAAGAAAUCCUAGCUGCCCAGUCUAAUAUGAGUGUUGAUGCUUAUCGACAUUGGAAGGCUCUCAAUGAUUACACAUUCCUGGAGAAUUCCUGAAGAGAGCUAUGUCCUAGGCUUGGCUCUAAGCUUCAAACUUUCUUCCGGAGUCGCCUUUAUUGUGGGCUUUUGCGUUGAUUUAACUCGGGGGCAUUGUUAUCAGACACAGGCAUUGUGUUUUCUUACUUUAUACUCACACCUACAUUUGCUAAUUUCAUUAUAUCGACAGAGGAUUUCGAGUGAAUACGACUCUUUUCCUUUUCUCAUUCAACUCGCUACUCUCGGUCGAAAGGAUGGACAAGAUUAAGAUGGAUUUUACUUUGUUGAUUUGCAAGUUGGCUCUGCUUUAAGCACGGCACGUUUUUCCUCCUUUGCCAGGAGCAUAUUUUGAGGGAGAUAUUGGGUUUCUAGGAAUGCGAUAGGGAGGAUAUGAUAUCAUAGGGAGAACUAGGAGAAAGGAAAAGUGCAGAAUCAACGAUCAUAGCUGCGGCUAUUCCAGAGUUUGCUAUUCAAUGCAAUAUCCCA